AUGGAGGAAGAAGAUGAAUUUGUAGGUUGCAUUAGUUGCACGAAUACUAAUGAUUUAUGCGACCUGUUUGUUGCGUACGGUAACAAUGAAGAAACAUACGGGCAGAUGCUUGAAACCUGCUUUGAUGUUAAAGUGUCUAAGUAUUUCAAAUAUAUCUGCACAAAUUGCGUCGAAAAAUUGGAAAAGUCUUACACAUUUAAAAGUCAAACGAUUAAAACGAUAGACACGUUGCAAACUAUUAAAGAUGAAGAAUAUCUAGACGAGGCGAUAUUGGAAGAUGAAGAAGAUGAGGUUGGAUCUAAAAAAGGUGUAAAGAAACUCGGUGACUGCGGUGAUGACGAAAUCGAACCUAGGACCGGAAGGAAGGUUCGCGAUUGUCACUUGUGUGGUGCGUCGUUGAGGAAUCUGGCUGAUCAUUUUAAUAGAUGUCAUAAUCCAAACAUGGAAAGGCAAGGACGCCAAUAUGCCUGUCACUUCUGUGACAAUGUCUACAACAGCAAGAAGGCUUGCUUCACACACCUCAGGAUGAAACACGGCUUGAAACUCUGUAACGACCACACGCCCAAGUACUCGUCGCGUGACCGUAAGAAGUGUCACAUAUGCGGAAGAGACUUCAGUCAGAAGCAGAUCUUGAACAACCAUCUGUGGAAGGCUCAUGGUUUUGAGGUGGAGAAGCGCAAAGCGUUUUUCUGUCCACUGUGCUCUGAGCGGGUGAGCUACGGAGCUAACUUCAGCGCUCACCUGCUACAACGGCACGACGUGUCCGAACAAGUUGAACAGCUCGAGUUUAGUUCUAUGGAUGACUUCAUGAUGUACAAAAGCGCGAUACAAGAGGAAACCAAAUUCCGUUUCCGGAAGACAACAGCCAGCAAGCAGACGAUCGAGGGUGUACGCUCUCACUACAUGUGCAGCCAGUCGGGGAUAUAUGUAUAUCAGGGUAAGGGCAAGCGUCCGGCGCCCGAGCGUCAGAUAUACAAAACAGGCAAAGCUUGUCCCGCGCACAUGAUCGUCACAGAAACGCUGGACAAGGUGUUGGUCACGUUCUACAAGACGCACGUCGGUCACGGACCGUGUCCGUACUACGAGCCGCGUGAACCGAAGCGCGCUAAAGGUAAGUGUGCGAGCGAGACGGACACACUCGUGUGCGACACGUGCGGCGCACGCGUGCCCCACGAGCGCAUGCGCGACCACGCGGACCGGCACGGACACGGACUCGGACUCGGACAUGGACCCGGACAUGGACACGGACACGGAUCCGGACCCGGACACGCACGCGAGAGCAAGACAGGUCAGCGCGUAGUGCGUCAGCACGAGACGAUUUCUGAUCUGCUGCUAUGA